AUGGAGUUUUGGUUUCUUCUCCUUGCCUUUGUUUGCCUCUACAUUUCUUUUACUGCGCUACUAAAGCUCCUAAGCAGUAAAAGACUACCACCAAGUCCCCCAACCUUGCCUAUCUUAGGGAACAUCUAUUGGCUUCUCAAAUCUUCUAGCAACUUCGCUAAUGUUGAGCCCGUUCUCCACCAUUUGCGUUCCAAUUAUGGCCCUAUUGUUACUCUCCAUAUCGGGUCUCGUCCUGCCAUUUUCAUCACUACCCACGAAGCUGCUCAUCGAGCACUUGUGAGAAAUGGUACAGUCUUUGCUGGUCGCCCUGCUGCUCUCGAAACCACCCGAAUCUUCUUUAGCAACCAGUGCACUGUUAGCUCUGCACCAUAUGGCCCAAUUUGGCGUCUUCUUCGUCAAAAUCUUAUGUCCAUAAUGCAUACUUCUCGACUCGAGACGUAUUCGCAUGGUCGUAGAUGGGCAUAUAAUCUUUUAAAGGACAAGAUCUUAGAUGAAACAGAAUCUGGCAACAAGGCCAUCCAUGUGGUGCACAAUUUUCAAUUUGUCAUGUUUGGUUUACUAUCUUAUAUGUGUUUUGGAGUCAAAUUUGAUGGUAAAACCAUUAAAGAUAUUGAAAGCGUGCAACAAGCACUGCUUUUGAAUUUCGUUAGGUUCAACAAACUAAAUUUUAUGCCGACCAUAUCAAAGAUCGUGUUUCGAAAGUUGUGGAAGGAACUCUUACAGAUUCGUCGUAAUCAAGUAGGUGUCAUUCUCUCAAUCAUAAAAGCACGUCAUGAAUGGUUAAUGAGUAAAAAAAUCAACAAGGAAUUUGAAGACGAAGAAUGUAUUCUCUCUUAUGUUGAUAGUCUAAUGGAUCUUCAGCUCCCCGACGGUGGUGGAAGAAAGCUUACGGAUGAUGAAAAGGUAAGUUUGUGUUCGGAGUUUCUGCUAGGCGGAACCGAUACAUCGACCACCACAUUACAAUGGGUUAUGGCCAACUUAGUGAAGAACCAAGACAUUCAGAAGAAGCUUUUAGAUGAAAUCAACUCUGUUGUAAAACCAAAACAAGAUAUUGCAGAAGAUGAUUUAAUAAAGAUGCCUUAUUUGAAGGCAGUUGUGUUAGAAACUCUACGCCGACAUCCACCAAGCCACUUCAUCUUGCCACGGGCUGUCUUGAAAGAUAUUCAAAUGGAUGGUUAUGACAUACCAAAAGAUGCAAUGGUGAAUUUUACAGUGGCAGAAAUGUCACGUGAUCCAAAUGUGUGGGAAAGACCGAUGGAGUUUAGACCAGGGAGAUUCAUACAAACUGGUCAACAAGAGGUGAAGUUUGAUAUCAAGGGAGUUAGAGGUAUUCAAAUGAUGCCCUUUGGUGCGGGGAGGAGGAUUUGCCCAGCUAUUAAUGUGUCACUGCUUCAUGUUGAAUAUUUUGUGGCCAAUUUGGUUAGAGAUUUUGAAUGGAAGUUGGGAGAUCAAAAUGAGGUUGACUUGACAGAGAAGCAAGCCUUCACCAUGGUCAUGAAAUAUCCACUUUUUACACAUAUUUCUCCAAGAAUAAAUUCACAUGUACCUUAA